AUGUCUCUGAGGCUUAGUGUGAACCAUGCAGAAUCCAGGAAGCGGCCGCGCAAACUACCCCAGAUUUUGCUUGUCGUGCUUCUUCUUGGUUUUUCGCUAGUGACAUUGGGCGUGACAGUGCUUCUUUUUGCCCACGUGAGAACUCCAACAUCGACUAUGGGCUACAUCAAAGGUGUGUAUUACUCCAAUUGGUCAGUGUAUGGCCCGAAACAUUUUCCUUCGCAUUUGGACUCAGAUCACCUUACGCAUGUCUUUUAUGCGUUUCUUAAAGUCGAUGCGGAAACAGGCGCAGCCCUUUUCACAGACCCAUGGGCAGAUGUCGAAAUGCCUGUCGACGGAAAAAGUGGAGCUGUGGGCGCGUUGAAUCACUUGAGAGAGCAAAAUCCAAAACUCAGUAUUGUUGCUUCUGUGGGCGGUUGGGGUACAGCAGCCAUGUUCCAGGUGUUAGCCGGAGAUCGGAGGAAAAGAUUGCAAUUUAUAUUCACAGCCCUUGAUUUGGUUACAACUCACAAGUUCGACGGCUUGGAUAUUGACUGGGAAUAUCCAUCUUCGCCGGAUGAAGGACAGCAGUUGGCGGAAUUGCUUCGGGAAUUGCGCCACGCAAUGGACAAUGUGGACCGGAGUCUCAUUCUAACUGUGGCAAGUCCUUCUAGCCAGGAGCAUUUGGCCAAUUAUCCACUCGGGCGCAUGGACAGGUACUUGUCCUUUUGGAACGUCAUGUGCUACGAUUUUUCUGGCCAAGGCUGGUCGGAGAAAACGGGCCAUCAUGCCAAUUUGUAUGGAGAUAAUGGCAAUAAUGGCCUCAGCGCCUCUGCGGCCAUUUCAUACUAUACUCAAAAGGGAAUACCUCCCAGUAAAUUGGUAUUGGGAAUGCCACUUUAUGCACGUACUUUUUACGAGCCCCAAUCGCUUCGAAUUGGGGUUCCUUUCAACAAAAGCGCCCCUUACGAAUCUGACAUUGUUGAUUACAUUAACAUAACUGACGAAAACGAAGUUUUCGAUGAACUGAGGGUCGGAGCACUCAAGUUUGAUCCAUCGAAAAAGCUACUCUAUUCUUACGACAAUCCGCAAUGUGCAAGAGAAAAGGCUCGCUAUGUGGCUCGUAAUGGUCUUGGAGGAGGGUUCUGGUGGGACUCUAAGGGUGAAACCCAAUCACAGCAGCGGCGUUUGAUUCGGGCAUUUGCUCAAGAACUUGAUCGGGAGUAG